AUGUACGGCCUCUCGUGGAGGAGGCUGUUUUCGAUCUUUUGCUGCCCACCGAGGCUGAACUGCAUUAUUGCCAAACUGGCCUUUCACCCCCCAGAGCCUACGUACACGCUACGUGAGAUUGAGGCAGCCCCAGCACAGGACCUGGCGCAGGAUGAGCAGGUGGACCCCACAAUCUGUCUACCUCCCGUAUGUAAUCUGCAGCUAUCAGAAGGGGCUAACUGGCCACACUCCCAGCAGAAGCUGGACGCUGUAGAGAUGUUCCGCUGUACCACCAAGCGGGGGAAUAGCCUGGCCUGUAUGUACGUCCGCUGCGUCCCUGGGAGCCGCUACACACUCCUCUACUCUCACGACUGUGCUGUUGACCUAGGCAAGAUGUGCAGACGCUACCUUGCCCUAGGCUCCAAGAUCAAGUGCAAUAUAUUCUCCUACGACUACUCCGGCUAUGGGGUGAGCAGCGGAAAGCCAAGCGAGAAGAACGCAUAUGCAGACAUCGAGGCAGCUUGGCUCGCCCUGAGGACCCGAUAUGGAGUCCCGGCGGAAAAUAUCAUCCUGUAUGGAGAGAGCAUUGGGACAGCACCGGCAGUUGACCUUGCCACGCGCUACAAAUGUGCAGCAGUAAUACUGCACGGGGCGCUCAUGUCAGGUGUGCGGAUGGGCUAUCCUAACGCCCGGAGGGCCUACUGUUGGGAUGCCUUCACCAACAUCGACAAAAUCUCCAAGGUCACCUGCCCGGUACUCAUCAUCCAUGGGACUAAAGAUGCGGUUGUGGACUUCUGCCAUGGGCUGACAAUGUAUGAGCGCUGCCCAACUGCUGUAAAGCCUCUCUGGGUGGAAGGAGGAGGGCACACGGAUUUACAUAAGCACAGGCAAUAUCUAGUGAGACUCCAGAAAUUCAUCUCUCAGGAGCUGCCCAAUAUAUGA